UCGCGUAAGUCGCGGUAGCGCACACAAGACGUGCACACAAACACACAGACACAGAUUUACGCCGACUUGGUGUUGGUGGCACCAAGGCACCGACAUGUAGGUGUGUACAUGACUGUCGUAGGUGUACACCAUCCGCGGUUUGGCGCGGUUGGCCGCGCGCGCUCUUGGCACAGUUUCUGAUCAUCUCCUAUCGCGAGCGGACGAUUUCCACCUCGUAUCUCUAGUCUAGCCUCGCGUCUCCUCAGCAUCCCUAGAUCGGCGCGAUCGAUCACAAGAAAGGAGAUCUCGCCCCGAGAUGAAGUGAGUAUGCGAUACCCGCCUUCGCGAAUCAACGUGACAUUUGACAGCUGGAUUGACAGGAGGUCCAAGUGCUGUUAAUGAGUGCGAUUAUACAAUUGAGAACAUGUUGCAGAUGUUGUUCCCUGAAAACGGGAACGAUUUUUAGCGGAGUAUGCGGAAUCGUGCUCGCUAUCAUUUCUUUAAUUUUGAUCUUCACGGCGAACGUAGAAUGGAAAACAAUAAUCAUCGACAUUUUGGACAAAACGACCGUGAAGAUCAUCUUCGCGAUCAACCUUUGCAUGACCAUCCUGAUCUCUACGCUGCUCAUAAUCGGCGCCUUAAAAAAAAAUACAUUUAUGAUGCUGCCAUGGGUGGUCCUGGGUAUAAUGUUGGUCAUCGGCCUUCUUGUGAGCAUCCUUUAUACCGCGAUCAUGUUCUUCAUAAAGCACGAAGUUAUCAACGGUGUUCUUUGGCUUCUCUUCGGUAUACUUGCUGUCGUGAUAUACACAUACAUGUGGCUGGUGGUGUACAGUUAUUUUCAAGAACUGGGAAUCGAGAAAAUGAACAAAAGAAUGGGUCCUUAUGGAAAACCAUAUAAUUACCGAAGGCCAUGAGAGAAGAAUUGAAUGAAUGGUUGCGCGAUUACAGGAGUCCAGCUCGUCUGCGAAGUGGAUCCAUUAUAUCAU